ACAUAUUCUCGCGAACGAGGAGGUCCGCCUUCUCCCUUUAUUUGUGCAGCGUCUCGAAGCUCCCUUUCGAUACCUCUGUCUAUCUCAUGGCGGAUCAGCUCCUCUCCACCGUAACUUACCACGAGACCCUUCCGGAGAACUACGUAAGGCCAGAGUCUCAAAGACCUCGUCUCACACAGGUCAUCAGCGACGCAAACAUCCCCAUCAUCGAUCUCGGUUCACCGGAUAAGUCCCGAAUCAUCUCCCAGAUAGGGAAAGCCUGCCAAUCCUAUGGCUUCUUCCAGGUUGUGAACCAUGGAAUCGAUACUGAAUUGAUGGUGAAGAUGAUGGCUAUUAGUCUGGAAUUCUUCCGUCUACCUCCCGAGGAGAAGGCGAAGCUCUACUCCGAUGACCCGGCCAAGAAAAUGAGGCUCUCCACGAGCUUUAAUGUCAGAAAGGAGGCGGUACACAACUGGAGGGACUACCUCCGGCUUCACUGCUAUCCUCUGGAGGAGUACGUUCCCGGCUGGCCUUCUAAUCCCUCUUCAUUCAAGUAAGUUAUCCGUGCUUCUCCUCCUCUUCUUCUCUUUAGUCGGACAGUAAUAGCAUAAGAAUAGUCAAAUAAUUUGAGUAUGUACUGAAAAAAAAGGUGAUAAUAAGAAUAAUAAUAAUAAAUAAAGCAUUGAUGUAAAGACUGGAAUACCGAUCGAAUCUCUAUGUAGCGAUUGGACAGGUGCAUAUUACCAGUGUGCUUGAUUCGAUAGCCUCGCAUCUUGAUGCUGGUUAAGAAUCUGAUGCUGCCAGAGCAUGAUGCAUGUAUAGGAGAAACACACCAGUUCCCUUAAGUCGUCACUAGAAUUUGGUUCUUUGAUGAGAGUAGCAGUGUGCAUGAAGCCAUUAGCUGCUGAUGAUGAUGGAUUAUGGUUGAUCACUUGGAAUUAAUACUUCAUGUCUCUGGAUCUUAUGAUUGGUCAUUGUCGUAGAAGACAAACAUGGCUGGAAAAUAUAAUCUGCUGAGGUAAGAACAUUCUAGAGGGGGAAUCUUCAACGUGUGAGGCAGUACCAAGUCUUCCUUGUGGGAUAUUUUUCGAUUUUUUUUAUAGCACUGACAGGAACA